AUGCUGGUGCUGAUCGCCGCGUUUCUGGGCUGGAUGUUUGCCGGCUGGGAAAUGUCGCUGCUGCCCCUGUCGGCUCGCUCGGUGACGAUCGGUCUGCUGCAGCAGCAGGAAGAAAAUGCCGACUGGGUCACCACCGCCCGACAGUCACUCACGUCGGAUGACGCCCCGGCCUCCGACGAAACCAUCCAGGCCAAAGAACGGCUGAAGCGGCUGGUCGCCGAAUGGUUCGCCCGUUAUAUCGCCGCCUUCCUGCUGGGCGCCGCGGUCGGAGGCUGGAUCUUUGGCUGGCUGGGAGACCGCGCCGGAAGAGUUCGGGCCAUGGGAAUCAGCAUCCUCUGGUACUCCAUCUUUACCGGGCUGAGCUAUUUCGUGGCCACGCCGCUGCAGAUGUGCGUCAUGCGCUUUGUGGCGUGUAUGGGCAUCGGAGGCAUGUGGCCGUCAGGAGUCGCAUUGGUGUCUGAGGCCUGGGAAGAUGUGUCCCGCCCGACUCUGGCCGGGCUCAUCGGGACGUCCGCGAACGUGGGGAUCGCUCUGCUGAGCAUCGUGGUGAAACAGAUUGGUGUGCUCUGGCCCGCUCUGGAACUCACCCCCGAUUCCUGGCGGUGGAUGAUGCUGCUGGGCGCCAUGCCGAUGGUGCUGGGUGUGUUUGUGCUGGCGGCCGUGCCGGAAUCCACGCGCUGGCUGGCCGGACAAAAUGCGGCUCAGAAACCCGCCGCUCCUCUGGCAGAAGUCCUGCGACCACCGCUGCUGAAGUCCACGCUGUCCGGGAUUGCUCUGGGAACGGUUCCGCUGCUGGGCGCCUGGGGGUCUCAAAAAUGGAUCCUUCCCUGGGCCGGACAGGUGGGAGCCGACAUCGGUCAGGAAUCACUGAAAGCGGAUACUCAAACCUGGUGGGCGGUGGGCGCGGCGAUCGGCAGCCUGUGUGGUGGCUGGCUGGCCACGAUCUUCGGACGAAGAACAACCUACUUUCUCGUCAGCCUGCUGUCGCUGGUGCUGGCUCAGGUGAUCUUCAGCUUCCUGGACCCGACUCAGGGAACCGGUUUUCUGUUUCCUGUGUUUGUACUGGGCCUGAUCGCCACCGUGUAUUUCGGCUGGCUGCCCCUGUUUCUGCCGGAGUUGUUUCCGACGCGUGUCCGUGCGACAGGGAGUGGUGUUUCCUUCAACUCCGGUCGGAUUCUGUCCGCCGUGGUCGUGAUGACGAUUCCCGGCUUUGUGCAGGCCGGUUUCACGGUGUGGGGAUUCGACAGCAGUUCACAGGCCAUGCACGACUUCACCGCCGCCGGAGGCCGGGCUGCUGCGGACCUGCACGAAGUUGCUGCGGUGGCUCGUCGCAUUGUUCUCUGCCUGCCCAACGCGGACAUUGUGGAUGAUGUCCUGAAUCACCUGCGACCGUCACUGGUCAGCCCAACGGUGCUGAUCGAUACCACGACCGGCGACCCGCGCCGCACGCGACAGUCCGCGGAAUCACUGGUGGCAGACGGCAUUCUGCUGACGGACGCAACCGUGCUGGGCUCCAGCGUGGUCACCCGUGAAGGCCAGGCGGUAUUGAUGGUGGGAGCCGACCCAGAGGCUCUGAAGGCCGUUCAUCCGAUCCUGCAAGCCAUCGCCGGGACCGUGCAUCAUGUGGGUCCUGUGGGCAGCGGUCAGGAAAUGAAACUGGUGGCCAAUCUGGUGCUGGGACUGAAUCGAGCGGUGCUGGCCGAAGGCCUGCACUUUGCCGACCGUCUGGGACUGGACCUGCCGGCUGUCCUGGGCGUCCUCAAAAGUGGAGCGGCCUAUUCCGCGGUGAUGGACGCCAAGGGUCAGAAGAUGAUCGAUGGCGAAUUCAGCGCUCAGGCACGACUCAGCCAGCAUCUCAAAGACGUGCGACUGAUCCUGAAUCGCGCUCAGGACCUGAACGCGGGGCUGCCGCUUUCAGAGCUGCAUCGGCAGCUGCUGGAACGCGUGGAAGCUGCCGGAGAGGGGCAACUGGACAACAGCGCUAUUAUCCGUGCGUGGGACCAGCGGAGCCUGGAUGACCAGACAUAA